GGAGUGGAAGGAAUCUGGACCAAGACCGCGUCCGCCUCCUCGCCUCUGACUGGCUGGUCUGGGUCGGAGCGGUCUUCCCGGAGUCUAGCUCGAGUCUCUUCUGCUGCAGCUCCAGUGCUGACUGAGGAAGUCUGGAAGGAGGGGGCGGGCAAGGCGAGGCCGGAGUCAGUGACACCCCCUCCUUCCCACGCUGCGAGCGCCCGGACGACAGGGAGAUGACGGCCGGGAGCCCCGGAGACUGCGUGGAGGUGCGGAGGAGCCCCGAGGGCCGCGUCUCCCGCCUGGGCCGCCGCCUGGGCCGGCGCCGGCGCCCGCGCUCCCCGCCGGAGCCGCUGCGGGUGCGGGCGAGGCUGCGGCUGCGCUCGCCGUCGGGGGCGUUCGCGGCUCUGGGGGCGCUCGUGGUCCUGGUGGGCAUGGGCAUCGCCGUGGCCGGCUACUGGCCGCACCGCGCGGGGGCCCCGGGGCCCCGGGCCGCCAACGCCAGCUCACCCCGGGUCAGCGAGCUGCGACGCGAGGGUCGCGGGGCGGGCCGCGCCCACGGGCCGCACGAGCGGCUGCGGCUGCUGGGGCCGGUGAUUAUGGGCGUCGGCCUGUUCGUGUUCAUCUGCGCCAACACGCUUCUGUAUGAGAACCGAGACCUGGAGACCAGGCGGCUCCGCCAGGGGGUGCUGCGGGCUCAGGCCCUGCGGCCCCCCGACGGCCCGGGCCGGGACCUCCUCCCCAGCCCCGGGCCCAGGACUGCCGGAGCCCUGGGCUGCGCAGAGCCAGAAAGUUGGGACCUGUCCCCGCAUCGGGGCCCCUCGCCCGUCCCGUCAGUGCGGAGUCUGCGUUCAGAGCCUGCUAAUCCUCGCUUGGGGUUACCUGCCCUGCUCAACAGCUACCCGCUGAAGGGCCCGGGGCUGCCCCCACCGUGGGGUCCACGAACCCAGCCUGGCCACGUGAUCAUCACAGUGCAGCCCUCUGGUUCCUGUAUUGAACAUUCCAAGUCUCUGGACCUGGGACUUGGGGAGCUCCUCCUGGGGGCCCCAGCCACUCGGGACUGUGCUCACCGAAGCUGGCCACGGCUGGACCGCCUCAGCCUGGGGGGGUAUGCCAAAUUGGGAGGAGGAGAGUUGGGGGCCCGGGUCUGAGAAGCAGGGAAACACCUGCUAUGAGGCAGCACCAUGGGCCGUGGUUAACAGGACCGGAGGACCGGUGGUCCCAUGUCUAGUAGUAGCUGCUUCUGUCACAUCCCAGGUCAGGAUGGAUGCCCUGACUCCCGCAGCCACUAAGGCCUCCUGACCCAUACGUGGGCAGAAAAAUGCCGGCUGCACUGGGCUCAAUGAGCGGGCCAGGCGUGUUUUAAUGUGCAGUGCGGAGACCAGCAUGACUCGGCCUCAGGAUUGUCUUCUGCCUCUACCUGUGGCCUUACCCCCGGAUAGGUACCUGAGGGGGGUGGAGGUCCAGGCCAAGGUGAUCAGGAGAUGCAUGGGGUUUGUUUAAGUGGGGGGCAAGGACCCUUAAGACUUGGAAGGUAGGUUGGGAGGUUUCAUCUGCACUGGUGAUGGAAUCUGGGCCUCUGGGAAGAUGGUGUGAAGCUGAGAAACUCCCACUGCCACCUGGGGUGGGGAGUGAGCCUUUGACUCCCACCACCUAAGACUCUUUCUUCCCUUGGCCCUGGGGGGCUCUAACCCAGGAGGGUCAUUACUGCCACUGCCUUGCCCUGAGGUCUGGCCCUUCCUUCAUCGUAGCCUAUGCUACAACAGCACCCUCCUGUUUUGACAGACAGCACUGACCAGUUCUCACAAGGCCCCUUCUACAAUCCUGAUGCUGUACUUUGGCCAGUGUGGGUAGCUCAGACUACGCCUUCCGUUUAAGUCUCUCCCACGCAGGUUUAAUUUUCCCCAUGCUACUGAAGGAAGAGAAAUGGAAAAGUGGAUCAGUCCUUAUAGGCAUUUUUUUUGAAGUUUAUUGAAAAAUGCAAUACAAGAAGCAAGACCAAACACAGAUCUCAACACUACAACCACCCCCCUCACUACAAAAGGCCGAAACAGCAGACCUAAAUUGUUGCCUAUUUAAUCUAAGGGUUCUUGCCAAUGUAAUUCUGCUGCCAUAGUUCUAUUUUGUCAAGAAAUGUAAACAACUACUUGAUAUAUGAUUCAUAAUUUUUUUAAAAAAUUUACAAAGCUCCUUCAUUUUUGUCACCAAAAUAAUACAUUUGAGAGAUUUUAAAAACAGGUAGCCUGCACCUGGCAUCCUGAACAGAGUUCCUGUGAGUGUCAAGGAUGGUGGGCUCCACUUCCCAAGGUGGUCUCCUCAGUCCCCCCAGGAAUACACAGCGCUGGCCUGGGAGGGGGUGGGGCAGGUGUUCUGACAGGGCCCUGCAGGUAGGCUCCCUGGGCUUAUGAGGACAGGUCUUGCUUUGUGGGUAGGUGGCAGAGAUCUCAUGAAGUUUGAAGGAAACCUUUACUUCUGAAGUAAAAAUAAAAUUGCAGCGAGAUUUGUUACUGUGGUGUGUCUGAGUCACUUUAGGAAAACUGCUGCCAGGCUUCUGACCCUGGAAAUCUUAAUCCCCUCCCCCUUCACCAUUUCUACCUGGACAGAGUUGGUUCAUACACGCAUACACACACACACAAACUGCAGA